AUGCCGAACAGGUGCGACGUCUCCGCGGGAGGCGCCAAGGCUUCGGAAAUCCAGGAACUCGCGCCGCGCCGGCCUUGCGUAGCUGCCGCCGCCACUGCUCGAGUCGCGGCCGACGCGGCUGCGGAGACGAGCGGCUUGGAAGCUCGCACGCCGUUGCUCAUGAUCGCUGCGUUUCGACGUCUCUUGGAUCGUCGGUUCGUGACAGCCGCGGCCAAUAGGAUUCCCGAGGGGGGAGCGGGUAAGGGGAUGAGGACGGAUGGGAAAGACGGAAAGGAUGGGAAGGACGGGGAGCACUCGAGAACGCAUUCGAUGAAAAAAAAGAUGGGAUCGGUGCUCGGAUGGGCGGCCCGGAUUCUCCCGCAGUCCACCAGUGGCGGCAAAGGGCUCGGCGCGGAGCGACGGAGCGAGAGCGAGGUGGAGCGGCGCGUGGUGGAGGCGCUGCGGCGGCGGAGAGAGGAGGAGGAAGCGUCCGGGAAGAAGCGCAUCGUGCAUUUCAACACGCUGGUGAUGAAAUUCGCCAAGUCGGACGAGGCGUUCAAGCAGAUCCGCAAGCAGUUCGACCAGUACGGUGCGCGCACGAUUCCUCAAGACAAGCACGCGAGCCAAGCGAUCGACCUGGAAGAGCUGACGGCAUGUUCCCGCCUUCCCCUUCCCCACCAACCACCCCUCCCCCGCCAUCCCCUCCCUCCCCCGCCAUUUCCCCCCUCCCCCUCUCCUUCCCUCCCAACAGACAAGGACGCUAGCCAGUCGAUCGAUCUGGAGGAGCUGUCGACGUACAAGGACGCGAGCCAGUCGAUCGAUCUGGAGGAGCUGCGGACGUGUCUGUCGGCGCUGGGCGUGCGGAUAGAGGAGGAGGAGGUGAUGCAGCUGUACCGCGAGGCGGACAUGGACUGCUGUGAUGGCAUGCACUUCAAAGAGUUCAUCCUGCUGCUCGCGCUGCUCUACCUGCUGCAACCAAACGCGCACUUCGGCCUGCCAGAGGUGGAGGAGGCGUUUGGGCUGAUAGCAGACGCGUUCAACUUCUUUGACACCACGGGGGAGGGCUUCCUCACGCAGGCGAAGGUGCAGGCCGCCAUGAGCAGCGGCAGAGACUCCUCGCCCAGCCGCAUCGCCGGGCAGAGAUUCGCUGAGAUGGACUACAACACGGACGGGCAGUGCACGUUCAAGGAGUUCCUGUUCGCGUAUGUGGGGUGGGUGGGCACUGCAGAGGAGGAGGAGGACGAGGAAGAGGAGGAAGAGAAGGAGGAGGAGCGCAGCAAAACCCCUAAAACCCCGAAAACCCCCAAGUCCCCCAGCAAGUCUCCCAAGUCUCCGAAGUCGCCCCGCACUCCCAGGCAUUCGGGGGGGCAUAGAUGA